AAAAAAUGUCGAGUAUUCUCUUCCUGGCACUCCAAUGUUUCGAAUGCUCAACGAUGCAAGUAAAGCAGAAGAAGAAAAGCAGCAACAACUGGACUUGCGUCAUUUGCAAUCAGAAGCAAUCCGUGCGGAAAGUCUUCGCUCAAGGUUUCAAAGCCAAGGACCUUCGCUUCUUCGUUCAAUCCUUCAACAUGUCUCGAAAACUCGCCGAUGAGGAGAACCAAGCCGUCGCAGAUACUUUCCCUGAGACUGAAGCCGAUUCAGAGGUUUUUUCAGAUCUUCGAAGUAAGAAGCGAUCUGAUUGGAGUGAGUAUCUCGAUUCCGAUUCACAUAAUCAACGGCGGAGAUUAGCUCUAGAGGAACACGGCGAACAAGAAGAAGAUUUGAAGAUUGUGACUGAGAUUCCGGAAGAGAUGUUCAAAAGGCCCAAACUUAACAGAUACUCUACAUCAUCGGGUAAAGAAAGCGUUAAAAGAAACGAUAAGGAGCCUUCCUUGUCAAGAAGCAGCAUCAAAAAGCAAGAUGGAGUGAUGAAUAAGAAGAAGGAUACAGAACAGAGAAACUUUGAAUCAGCAAGAGUUACUAAACCUGCUUCGAAAUGGGACGCUUACUUGAUAGAUGACGAAGGAGAACACCAAGGUGGAAUAGGAGCUUUAAAGGAUGAUUGUGUUGGAGAAUGGGACAGAGGUGUUACGGAUGUGAGUUCAGAGUACCAGAUUGUUGAUGACGAGGUACAUCCAGAUUUCAUGUGA